AUGGGGUGUCUCAAAGAGCCAUUAGGGUUCAUGAUUGUGGUGGCUUUGGUCCUUCUUCAUUGCUCCACAUUAGCUUCGUCCGCGUGGCCGAGUUGGCCAACAUGGCAUGUUAAUAUCGUCAACGAGCUGAACAGCGAACAAACGCUAUUCGUGCACUGUCAAUCCAAGGACGAUGAUUUGGGAGAACACAACAUCAGUGUUGGAACUCAAUACAGUUUUGCUUUCAAAGACAAUAUCUGGGGCACUACACUUUUUUGGUGCUAUUUGCGCAAGCCAAACAAUUCUCAUGCUGAUUUUGAUGUGUAUUGGGUUGACAACGGUAAAGGUUAUUGGCUUUAUACAAGAUGCAACUGGAAAACUUGCAUUUGGAUCGCCAAAGAUGAUGGAAUUUACAUAAAAGAUAUUCCUGUGAAUCAAGACCAGCUUAUUCACAAGUGGGAGUGA